GGCUCGCAGGGCAAGAUGGCGGCGCCCAUGGAGGUGGCGGUGUGUACGGACUCAACGGCGCAGCUGUGGAGCUGUGUGGUGUGGGAGUUGCACACGGGCGCCAAUCUGCUGACCUACCGCGGCGGCCCGGUGGGCCCGCGCGGCCUGGCGCUGCUCAACGGCGAGUAUCUGCUGGCGGCGCAGCUGGGCAAGAACUAUAUCUGCGCCUGGGAGCUGCAGCGCAAGGACCAGCUGCAACAGAAGAUCAUGUGUCCCGGCCCUGUCACCUGCCUGACCACGGCACCCAACGGCCUCUACGUGCUGGCGGGAAUUGCAGAGAGCCUCUACCUGUGGGAGGUCUCUACUGGGAACCUGCUGGUCAUCCUCAGCCGUCACUACCAGGACGUGUCGUGUGUGAAGUUCACAGGGGAUAGCAGCCACUUUGUGUCCGGAGGCAAGGACUGUCUGGUGCUGGCCUGGAGCCUCUGCAGUGUGCUGCAGGCUGACCCCUCCAGGAUCCUGGCCCCCCGGCACGUCUGGUCUCGUCACACGCUCCCCGUCACCGACUUGCACUGUGGCUUUGGGGGACCCCUGGCUCGAGUAGCUACUGCCUCGCUGGACCAAACAGUGAAGCUGUGGGCGAUUGCCUCAGGUGACCUGCUGCUCUCUGUCCUGUUUGAUGUGGGCAUCACGGCUGUGACCAUGGACUUGGCCGAGUACCAUGUGUUCUGUGGCGGCAGUGAUGGCUCAGUCUUCCAGGUGGACCUGUACAGUGGUCCAGGACAGAGGGAGCGAAGUUUCCAGUUGGAGCAGGAUGCGGGAAAGGUCUUCAAAGGACACAGAAACCAAGUGACGUGCCUGUCGGUGUCCACGGAUGGCAGCAUGCUGCUCUCGGGCUCCCAUGAUGAGACAGUGCGGCUGUGGGACGUGCAGAGCAAGCAGUGUAUCCGGACUGUCACACAUAAAGGCCCUGUGACCAAUGCAGCCAUUCUGCUGGCCCCGCCCAGCAUGCUGACCCCGGAUUUCAGGCCCAGCCUGCCGCUCCCGCACUUCACCAAGCACCUGCUGGGCGCCGAGCAUGGGGAUGAGGCACAAAGCGGGGGCCUGCGGCUGCGCCUGGGCCUGCACCUCCAGGGCACAGAGCCAAGCUACCUGGAGCGGCUGGAGCAGCUGCAGACAGUCCUGUGCAGCACCAUGGAGAAGUGUGUGCUGGGAGGACAGGACCGGCUGCUGCCCGUGCGCGUGUCCGAGCUGGAGGAGGAGAUCCGCAACCUUCGCAAGAUCAACCGUGACCUUUUUGACUUCUCCACGCACAUCAUCACACAGCCAGUGGCCAAGUGACCGCAGGCCUGUCCUGUGUCAGUGUCCUCCCCAGUUCUCACGUGUCCUGUCAAGUAACCGCAGGCCUGUCCCGUGUUGGAACGUCCGCCCAGCUCUCAUGCGUCCUGUCAGCUUUGGUCUCAUUGGUGCUCUUGUUUAUAAAAAGAAAGAAAGAAAAA